AUGAAAUUCCUCAUCAACCCUGAAUGUUAUCAUAAAAUAUGCGAAUCAUGUGUUGAUAGGAUAUUUUCACUAGGUCCCGCUCCAUGUCCAUAUCCUAAAUGUGGCAAAAUACUUCGAAAGAAUAAAUUUAAACAACAAAUAUUUGAAAACUUGUUCAUUGAAAAAGAAAUUGAUAUUCGACGUAAAGUUGGCGCCAUAUAUAACAAGACGGAAGAAGAUUUCCCCAAUUUAAACGAAUAUAAUCAGUAUUUGGAAAGUGUUGAGGAUAUAGUUUUCAAAUUAAGUAAUGGUAUUGAUGUUGACAAGACUGAAGCAGAAUUAAACCAAUAUGAACAAGAUCAUCGAAUAGAGAUUAUUGAAAAGACGAUGCGAGAAUCGCAAAAGAAUGCAGAUUUAAUAAAGUAUCAAGAUUCAAUGGAACGGUUAAAACAAGAGAAAUUAAAGAUUCAAAAAAGAAUGGAAUUGGAAGAUUUGGAAUUUUCAAAAUUACAACAACAAGAUUUGUUGGAUCGAAUGGCUAAUAGUUCAAUGACUAGUGAAGAAUUGAUUAAACAACAACAAAAUCAAUUAUCAAAGAGGAAUUCGCAACGUAAACGACAAUUGCAACAAAUUAACAACCAGCUCGAUCAACAAUUUAGUCAAACCAAUCCAUUAUUGAGGAACCAACUGGGAGAUGAAGAUGCUGUCAGUUCAACGGUUCCAUUCACUCCAUUUCAAGGUGAUAGAGAAGUUAACAAGAAAUACCGCAUGUUGCAAGUGCCGCAAACCAUUGAUGAGAUUAUGAAUAUUGAAAACCACACAAAGGGAAGCUAUCAUGAUCCAUACGUGUUUGGAUUGGCCAAGAAUAAAGAGUAUUUAGGUGCUGGGUGGAGAAUUGGCAAUGUGUUUGAACAUGCGUUGGAUGAAGCAUUUAUGGGCCUUGGAUGUAAUAUAGAAGUAGAGAAAUCAGUACUGGUAUAG